CAGCGCUCAAUGGCGUAUUCAUAACCCGAAUCGUGCUCCUCAUCAGCGCGAGCAAUCGUACCAAAUCAUUCUGCAUCCCAUCAUGUCCACCAAAUCCUGGCUCAAGGCCGCGAAAUCGGCAAUCGAUUCGAAGAAUUGGGAUGAAGCAGUCGAGCAAGCAAAUGCGGUGCUGGAGAAAGACCCUCAAAAUUACUUCGCGAAGCUAUUUCUAGGACGCGCAAACGAUGGACUGGGCAGGUACGGAGAGGCGGCGAAAGCGUAUAAUGACGCGACGAAGAUAAAACCGAAUGAUCCUCAGGUGUGGUUGGGUCUGAGGGGUUUGUAUGAGAAGCAAGGUCCGUCGAAAGUAGAUGAGAAUACCCAGGUCGGAUUGAAGCUGGCUGAGAUAUAUGCGGCAGCCGACGACGCCCACAAAUCCCAGACCGCCAUCGAUAAGCUUGUUGACCAUGCCCGGCGACAUGGCACAAAGCUGCAAUACGCGCGCGCGCUCUCCACUCAGCUCCCAACUUCCCCGAUAUACUCGUAUCUAGAAGGCCGCCUCCCCAAUCCCUCAGCGACCUAUAUCCGCAUAGCCGAGAUCUACGAAGCGGACGAGGCGCAGACGAUCAAGCGGCAAAUCGACGAGCGGAAGACGCGCCUCGGUGCGACGAUCGAAGGGACCACAAAUCAAGUGAAGAACGAGGUCUACAGCGCGAGUCCGUUGGAGGGGCUAUACCAAGACAUUAUUGACUGGACGAACGACGACGAUCUAAGGAGAACGUAUGAGGAGAAGCUGCUGCAGCGGGCAUAUGAUACACUGUUGGUGCUACCGACGGGAAAGAAGGCAGAGAAGAGAGAGAAGGUGAUGAAGCUGGCACAUGAUAUGGUUAUAAUCCGGCAUCCAUUCUUGCUCGCAUGGCAGAUCGAGCUCGAGUGGAGAUCGGGACUGGAAGUCGAGGCCUAUUAAUAUGGGAUGGCGGAUUUAAGGCAUCAUCACGGGCGUUACUAGCAUAUUGUGGGUUGGAUUUCGGGCAUAGAAGGGUUGGGCAUCGAAACGGGCUCAUUGCCACCAUUUUUAGCGAAGAUAUCCAAGGUGCCCUUUCAGGCUUAAAAGUGUUUGGAACC